CCGCCACCCCGCGGCGCUUGUCCAGUGGCCGCCGGGAGAAACCCUGUCCGCCUCCGCCCCGUGACCCCGGGGCCUCUCAACGCGCGGCCCCGACCCUGGGCUGACCCGUUCGCGACUCUCCUGCCAAUCAAAUACGGUUUUCCUCCAGCCGACCAAUCACCGCGCGCGGUGUACUCUUCGGCUCUUCGGCCCUUCGGCUCGUCGCCCUUCGCCUCUUCGGCCCUUCGGCUCGUCGGAGUUCAUCGUUGCUGGGCCUUCCCCGGCCUUCUGCUUGCGCCAAAGCGUAGUUCUCGUUGGUUUAAGUUCCCUUUUUUUUUUUUUCCCCAGACACUUCCGGGUCCUGCGUCGCCCCGGAAGCCCGCGAGUUCCGGAAGCCCGGGUACCCAGGUUCGGCUGGGAAAAGCCAAGCUUCCUAGAGAACGUUUCAGAGAGAGUCCCGCGGAGCGGGGCGUGUCGCCGACUCCCAAGUGUUUACCAGAAAUUUACUAAUUGCCAGCUUGGCCUGACACAGAAAUAAUGAAAGAAGCUCUUUCAUCCUAGUGGAAGGACUAAAUGACUUGCUACUUGAUUUUGCAAAGGGCUCUUCGCUACUGUAGUCACUGUCCGCCUUCAGUCCUGACUCAGAAGCAUCAACUUUCUGAAGAAAAGAUUAUGAGUCCCAUGCGCUUCUCUUAAAAAAUGUCUUUGUGAAGCUGGCCUCAAGUCCCUGACCAGUAUGAGGCACGGAUUUCACAGAACUUGCAGCCAAAAUUCCCACUGCCCUCAGCUUAGAAGUCUUAACGGAGCUCCAGGAAGGGGGAACUGGAGGGCCAAAAGCGAAAAGAAAAAAACAGGAAAGAAAGGAGGGAGAAGGACAUGUGAGGAGAAAGAGAAAGAAGUUCCCAGUAAGAGGUGACUGCUCAGUUUGGACUCGCUGCAAAGAGCUCUUUGGAGAAGGCAUGGCUUCCAGAGAAGACAAAGCACAGAGCACACACAGGGUGCUGAGAAUCAGUCAGCUGGAUGCACUGGAACUGAACAAGGCCCUGGAGCAGCUGGUUUGGUCCCAGGUCACUCAGUGCUUCCAUGGGUUCCAGCCCGGGCUGCUGGCCCGCUUUGAACCUGAGCUGAAAGCCCUCCUGUGGCUUUUCUUGUGGCGAUUCACCGUUUACUCCAAAAACGCCACAGUGGGCCAGUCGAUUUUAAAUAUUCAGUACAAAAACGACUUCUCCACGACCCUGAGAUACCAGCCCCCGAGUAAGAACCAGAAGCUCUGGUACGCUGCCUGCACGAUCGGCGGGAAGUGGUUGGAAGAACGCUGCUACGAUCUUUUUCGAAACCAUCACUUAGCCUCGUUCGGGAAAGCCAAGCAGUACCUGAACAUGGCGGUGGGCCUGGUGCAGUUAGGGAGCCUGAUUAACUUCCUGAUUUUCCUCCAGAAGGGCAAGUUUGCCACUUUGACGGAACGCCUGCUGGGCAUCCGCUCUGUGUUCUGCAAGCCCCAGCACGUGCGUGAGGUUGGCUUCGAGUACAUGAACAGGGAGCUGCUCUGGCACGGCUUCGCGGAGUUCCUCAUUUUCCUCUUACCGCUCAUCAACACCCAGAAGUUGAAGGCCAAGUUAUCUUCGUGGUGCAUCCCUCUCGCCGGUGCUCCUGACAGCGACAGCUCCUUGGCCAGCAGCGGCAAGCAGUGCGCUCUGUGCGGGGAGUGGCCCACCAUGCCCCACACGAUCGGCUGUGAGCACAUCUUCUGUUACUACUGCGUGAAGAGCAGCUUCCUGUUCGACAUGUUCUUCACCUGCCCUAAGUGUGGCGCAGAGGUGCACAGUGUGCAGCCACUGAAGUCAGGCAUCGAGGUGUCCGAAGUGAAUGCUCUUUAGAAACUAAAAAUGGUUUUCUCUGCAGAAAACUGUCUUGUGUUGAAAUCCUUAGGAUUAGUCACCCUGAGCAUACCAUUUAGGUGUCUUUUAUGAGAACAUGUGCUUCUCAGCCACUGUGUUCUGUUCCUUGCCAGACCUGACUAAAAUCUAAUCACUGGGACCCAUGGGUUUCUGAGUAUAUUCUGUGAAUGGUAAUGUGUUAUUUUCUUUAAUGAUUGCAUUCAGUGUUUAAUGUCAGGAGUAAUGGGCAGCUUUUGUCAGAUGCCUACGAACAAUGCUCCUUCACUUUGUACUUCCUAGAACAAGGUUAGCCUCUGAAAAUAAAAAGUUUUGAAGACUGGGA